AUGAGUGUUUGUAACAAAAAUUACUUAUAAGAAACCUUUCCAUAAUAUGUUCACGAUUAACUUAAUAAAGUUGUUGAAGAAGAUAGAAACAUGGAUAAGUAGUAUUAAUAACUUAAUAGAGAUCAUAGAGAAUUUUCAAAAUAAUUGAUACAUUGAGUGAACUUAAAAUUUUAUCCUUUGGUUUAGCUUCUAAGUUAAAAACCUAAGAAGGAUUUAUGUUAUUUCCAGAAAUAAUUUCUGAAAAGUACAUAAUUGAAUUUAAAGAAAUCAAAUAGUGCAAUUUGAGAAAAAAUGAACCCUCUUAUUUUUAAGCUUGGGCAUUUGUUAAUUUAGACCUAGUACAUAGUGUAUAUUUAAUUAGAUCGAUAUGUACAAGUUAUAAACAUUUUUGCGCAUUUUAUGUAUUUUAGCAUAUUUUGAGUGCAAAAAAUAUUUUGAAACACUCCAAAUAGAUUACAAGUAGAAAUAUGAAACAGACUUGUUUAAAGUGUUUUUAUUAUUAUAGACAUAAAAAAAAGAGUUUUAAAUUGAAGGAGAUAAUUUUUUUGUUCAAUUAUUAGAGAAAUGUGAAUGUAAAAACAAUUAGUUCAUUUCAUAUAUGUUUAAAUUCUGUAAGGAGAAAAAUAUGGUUAAAUGUAUGGGAUAUUUGGAUUCUAUAAAGUCAACAAAUAAGGUUUCAUCAGAAAAGCAAAAGGGAUUUUAAGAUUUUAAGGUGUAAGAAUAAUAAGUGAAAAAAGAAUCACUUUAAGAAUCACAACAAAUGUCUUAAUAAAAUAUAAAUGGAUAAAAUCCAACAUAGAUUAUAAAAAGAUAGUCUUCAAUAUUUCCAAGAAAAUCAAUUGAUUAAUAAAGUUAAUUAAUAUAAUUUUAGGAGACAACAAAAGAUUAAAUAAAAUAGAGUGGAAUGAAUAGACCUUCAUUAACAAUGAGAACAAUAAAGGAUGGAAUAAAUCAUAAAUAUAAGGUAAUAGAGUGUUAUUUAUAUGAGUGAAGCGUGAAAAUGAUAAUAGACAAUAAAGACAUGUAUAGAGUGAAAUAAAUUUAUAAAGAUAAUUUCAUGAAGAGGUUAGUCGAAAAUUAGAGAAAGUAUAAAGAAGAAAGAUAACAUGUUGGAAUUCUGAAUGUUUGGCUCCUGAAACUCCAGAAAUUUAUAGUGAUUGAUAGUUUGGG